AAAAAAUAAAAAAAAGGAAGAAAUAUAAAAUUUAAAACAUCAGUUUUGUAGAAAAAUUUUAAUAAAAAUGAAAUCGUUUUUGGCUGUCGUCGUUGUUACCUUGGCGUUGAAUCUUGCUUUGGCUUCACCAGUUCCUGGUGAUGUUCGCGAUGACGCCGAAGUAAUCGAUGGACAUCGACGUGAUGAAGAUUUUGAUGAUUUUAAAGGCGUUAUAGAUACGGGUGUCGGUUAUACAUUCCUUCGACCAAAUCCGCAAGCAACAGCCUUUAAUUUCGGUUUCUACGACUCAUUCGAAGAUAUUUUACGUCGUAUUAAAGAUGCUUUGACGAGUCCUGUCGUUUAUUCAACCCAUGAUGAGGAUUCCGAUGAAAUUGUCUAUCAUAUGAAAAGGGAUCCAGUCAAAAUGAAUAAGACCUCAACCGUUAAGGUAAUUGAUGGCCAUAAAGUCGAAAUCAACGAUACACAAUACAAUAACAAAAAUAGUCAUUUCCGUGUUCGCGUAAUAAACAUACGACCACUUGAUGAUGACGUGAAAGUUGGCGAAGCUAAUGAUACUGUUAAGACUGUAACAUCGGGACCAGAUACCAUAAAGAAUCGUUCCAAUGUUACUACGCCCGGCUCUGAAGAAGAAUCAGAUGAACGUCGCGAGCCUUUAGAGAAGAAACCACAAGAUAAUGAAAUACGCGGUAACAUCGAUAGCAACGAGCAAGAAUAUCAAAAGCUAGUUGAUUACAGCACCCAAUAUCCUGAGAACAAUAAUAAAAAUACGAUGUUGCCUGUAAGUAAUGAUGAUGAUGCUGAAGACUUAAAUGCUGCAUUUGUUGCAGACAAUAGUAUUGAGGAUUUAACUGAUAGCGAUGCUAGCGACAUCGGAAACGGAAACAAAGAAUUUGAAAGCAAUAUUUCUAAAGAAAACUUCGACAAGGCUGAGGAGAUAAAUGAGAUUAAUGAGAACACGGAAGUAAGCGAUAACUUAAAUGAAUCGUUCAGUAAUGCCGAUGACGACGAUGAUGAUGAGCAUAAUUUAACCAAACGUAAGGAUACAGAAUUAGACAGUGCAGAUGAUGACGAAAAAGAAGAAGAAGGAGAAGAAAAAGACACAGACGAUGUUGGUGAAGCUUAUCAACCAAUGAAUAAAAAGCUUAUAAAACAUUUUCAACGUUAUGGACAACGACGUGAGGAUAUGUCUUCUUCAUCGGACGAUGAAACGAGUGAACUCAUUGAAAUGCACCCAGACUUUAAUGCCGAAUGGGGAGAUCUGAAAGCAGACACUGACAACGACGGUAAUAACCUUAGUAAUGAUAUCGAUGUCCAAUUUAAACCUUUUGACUUGUCACACGACAUUGCGGUUAAUGAUAUUGCCGCUGCUCAAGUUGAUUUUCCUCUUAAUCCCGAUGCCGAAUUUAUAGAUGUAUUUGGAGUUCCCCACUCUAUUAACAGUAUGCCAAAAUUUGAGAAGUUAUCAUUAAAUCCUUAUCCUUCUACGGCUUACGAGACACCAUCGUCAUCCUCAUCCAACAUACAGACGCAAGUUAUGAAAUAAGUUUGUAAGAAAAAA